GGGCCCUGGUCACAGGGCCAGGAGGCCCAGCCCAGCCACUGCCUUCUGGGGGCCUCGGUUGCUGCCUCCGCCAAUGAGCAGGGGUGGUGGUGAUGGCUCGGCGCAGAGAGAGAAGCCGCAACGAGGAGUCGGGUCCCUGCCACACUGUGCGUGCCGCGCCGGGCUAAGUGGGAGGGGGACGCGAAGGCUGGCGUGAGCUCAGAGUGGGAAGGUCGCCCCAGGAGGCCCCUGGAGCAGGGCCACCCGUGCGUGCGCAGAGCCACAGGAAGUCGCCUGUCUGGGUUCGCACCGCCGGCCCGGAGGAGCCUCUGCGCCCACACACGUCGGACGCCCCGUCUCCGCAGACGUGUCUGGGGAGGCCAUGCCACUCCCCACUUCCCUUCCGAGAAACUACCCCGGCAGCCCUGAGCCGGCACAAGUGGCAGUCCCGGCACCUGCGCUCUGUCGUCCGCCAACCCUGCCACCUGCCUGCCUUAAGGUCGGGGGACGGUCGGCCAGGGCUGCCCCCACUUUCCCAUCUGGAGCCGGGAAGCUUGGAGGAGAUCUGGUCCCAGCCCUGGGCUGGCUCGCUGUGUGACCUUGAGCCCCCUCAGGCCUCUGAAAGCCUCGGUUCCCCCACUCGUCCAGCGGGCAGGGGUGUGGCCUGGAGGGUGCUUCAGAACCCCUGAUGAUUUCUAGGAUUUUCUCUGGGAAGCCGCAGGACCAUGAACGGUACCUGUCACUCCAGUGAGCUCACCUGGCCCUACUGGGUCAAGAACGUCGUGGACGCCUACGUGGGCCUGCUGCUGGCGCUGGGGCUGCUGCUCAACGGCCUGGCGCUGUGGGUGUUCUGCUGCCGCGUGCGGCGGUGGACGGAGACGCACGUCUACAUGGCCAACCUGGCCGUGGCCGACCUCUGCCUGCUCUGCGCCCUGCCCUUCUUCCUGCGUUCCCUGAAGCAGGGAGCCGAGGACACGCUGUUCUGCCAGCUCUCCCAGGGCGUCUACCUGGCGAACAGGUACAUGAGCAUCAGCCUGGUGACGGCCAUCGCCGUGGACCGCUACGUGGCCCUGCGGCACCCGCUGCGCGCCCCCGCCCUCCGCUCCCCACGGCAGGCCGUGGCCGUGUGCGCGGCGCUCUGGGCGCUGGUGACAGGCUCGCUGGUGCUCCGGUGGGCCCUGGGGGUGCGGGAGGGCGGCUUCUGCUUCCUGAGUGUCUCCCGGCAGAGCUCCAACACCACGGCCUUCUCCCUGCUGGGCUUCUACCUGCCGCUGGCCGUGCUGCUCUUUUGCUCCCUGCAGGUGGUCGCUGCCCUGGGCCAGGGGCCGGCCGCCCACACGGACCAGGCAGAAGCCACCCGGAGGGCCACCCGCAUGGUCUGGGCGAACCUGGUCGUGUUCGUGGCCUGCUUCCUGCCCUUACACGUGGUGCUGGCAGUGCGCAUGGCCGUGGGCCGCAGCGCCCCCACCCCCGCCCUCUGCUACGCCCUCUACGUCACCAGCAAGCUCUCGGAUGCCAACUGCUGCCUGGAUGCCAUCUGCUACUACUUCAUGGCCAAGGAGUUCCAGGAGGAGGCGUCGGCACUGGCCUCCAUGCCCACCGCCAAGGCCCACAGGAGCCAGGACUCUUUCUCUGUGACCCUGGCCUAGGACGCAAGUCGCGGGCACGCGGGCCAGGUCCCGGGCUCUCCGGGAGGUGCUGCCUGCUGGGGGCGCCCCGGCUCACCGUGGAUGGGGGCAGGCUCCGGGGGGCCUGGCAGGGUGGCGACGACCCAGGCACGGACCCCGCGGUGGUGACGCGCCCAUCCCCGGGGUGGAAGAGGGUGGGAGGACUGAGCGAGGUCAACCCCUGGGGCCCUGAGAUCGGGCCAACACCUGCAGUGCCCAGGGUCUGGUCCCCCCGGGGUACUGGGGUGGACGCUUGCUCUGUGCCUGGAGACCUCAAUGGCCAGCUUUCUGUGGCCAACCUAUAGCGGUUGGAAUAAAGGUGUUCCCCUGA